AUGCAAAGGUUUCUGGAUAAGGUGGACACAGCAAGUGCUAAAAUAGAAGCCUGCAAAGACGACUUAGCAAGAAUGAACGAUCUAACCCGAAGGGUAAGCGGUGCUUCAGAAGAAAAAGACUCACAGAAGCUAAGGAAUAAACUUGAAGUUCUUCGGAAUGACUUCAUACAGAACAUCUCUGAAGUGAAAGAGGCCAUAACACAAAUAAAAAGAAAGUCCUCAGGGAGUACACGGCAUGAGUCGUACACUAAACAGCAGCAAGUAAAGUCUCUUGUAGAAAGAACCAAAAGGAUCAUAGAAGAGUUCAGCACAACGCAAAGUGAAUUCAGCGCAGAGGAAAGAGAAAGACUCAAGUCACAGUACAUCAUAGCCAAGCCCACUGCCACAAAAGAAGAACUUGAGUCAGUGGAGUACAGCGAGUCCCCGAAAAUACCCUUCCUAAAGUCUUCAGGGAAAAGUGCAGCUGAUGAAAGGAAGAAGAGUGUUAAGCACAUAUCAGAAGGAAUCCAGAAUGUAAUGAAAAUGACCCAGGACUUAAACCUGCUAGUGCAUGAGAAAGACAGAGACGUAGAUAAAAUCGCAAUACAAACCACACACGCAGAAGAAAAGGCUAAAAGAGCAGACAGCGACUUAAAAGCAGCAGAGAAGUACCAGAAAUGGUCUCGAAUGGGCAGGAUGGCCGUAUACUCCAUUAUAAUAUUCCUUAUAGUACUGUUCGUAUUUGUCCUAUUCGGUGGGUUCAUUUUCUUCGUAAUUAUUGCAUAUUUAAACUAUAAGGCAUCCAGGCCAAGCCGUGCGUCGGGUACGGAUGGGUCAGAUGGGCCGGGUGCAGAUUCCUCCCAGAAUACUUUUGGUAGUACACUUACACAAACCAUUGGUGACUCUCUUGGACUGAAUAAUUCUAAUCCACCCUCUAAUCCUGGCUAAGUUUAUCUUAUACCUUGGAUAAUUUUGGUUAAUUAUACGUCUAUUUAUACUAAUAUUGGCUUAAUAUACUCA